CGACGCCCCCCACUCACCCUCCCGACGUACACCUAAUCACGCGCCUGCAAUUCAUUCCGCACGCGCGCGCCCGCAUCGAUUCAUUGUACGCGCCACCCAAAUCCAUCGAUUUAUCCCUAUGUCAGAGCGAUAUUACAUGUCUAUGUUAUCUGCCGUGUAUCUGCCUUCAUGUCCGCCUCCCUGGGCACGGCGCUACGUCCCGGAGCUCGUCAUCGUCGCCAGGGGCGACGGCCGCCCUGGGAAUGAUCCCACCGGCCUCGAGGCGGGCGCGCAAUGAAUCGCUCCCAUCGCUGAGUCCUCGGAGGGCGGAUUAUUCAUUUUAUUGCUGUGAGUCGCAUACGCCCGUCGCUCCCGCCGUCCCCUCCGCCCCGCCAUCAUGCCCCUCGCCCAUACCGCCCCCACCAUUCUCAUCGCCCCCAUCAUUCCCAUCGCUGCCUCGCGCCUGCCGGUCCAGACUCACAGCCAGCGCAUCCAUCCAUUCCCCCCGCGGGAACCCGGUGCGCGACAUAUUGACCAGGUGUUCAAGCAAUUCAUUGCAGAGGACAUUGCUCGGCGCCUCGAGGCGGGCAGGAAGUACGGUCCGCCAUGGGGGAAGUACGCGCAGCACAUGCAAUGAGCGCAUCCCUCCGGCCUCGAGGCCGUCGAGGAAGUAUUGACCGGUACGGCCUUGAUAUUAUCGUGUACGGUCACGAUUAUACCGUGUACGGUCACGAUUAUACCGUGUACGGUCACGAUUAUACCGUGUACGUCUUCAAUGCUGACCGGCACGUCCUGAACAUUGCUCGACAUUGCCCGCGCGCCUUGAGGCCGAUGACGCGGGGGGAUGUCGGGCUAGGCCGCGGGGGCGUCGUGGGCUAAGCGUUGGGGGCGUGGGGGCGUCGGCCGACGCGGGGAUUGAGCGGCGCGCACGGCGGGGCUGACAUGACCGCUGAGUAUGACGCCUGGGAUCCGGUGAGUACGACGUCUAGGAUCCGGAGAGUACGACACCAGGAUCCGGCGAGCGAACUGACUAGCAUGACGGCCCCGUGCUCCUGACAACGCGAGGGCCUC